GGGCCCGCUCCCCCCGCGCCCCGGGGAGCUCUGGGGCCAGAUAAGCUGGCAAGCUGGCACGGCGCCGCGCGGCGGGGCGGAGAGGUCAGAGGCGGGGGGGCGCGCCGGGGCGGGCCGGACCCCCCCCCACUUGACAAAACCUAAUAACAGCCCGGUCUCCCCUGCGCAGCGGGCGAAGCCCCACGGGAGGGCAGAGACGUGGCAAGAGGGGACCUGCCGAGCCUGUUCUGGCCUCCGAGGCCGGGCUGGGGGGGGCGGGCUGGGCGUGGGGGGGCCGGCGGCUGCGGCACCUUUAAGACAAGGGAGGACCCCUCUUGCCCUCGGAGAAACCAGGAAGGGAGUCGCGAGCAUCAUACGGGGCUUUGGCUGUACUGUACAGUUACUGUAGGGGCAGUGACGCCGCCGCCGCCGCGCGAGGAAGCGACCAGGGCAGCGCGACGCGGGCAGAGCGAGCGCCGCGGACCCCGGAGGCGAGCGGCCGAGGGAGCCCAGUCCCAACUCCCGGCCCCGGCCCCGCGCGCCCCGGCCCGGCCCGGCCCCGCGAGGUCUCGGCGCGGAAGAUGGCCGGCGGCGUGGACGGCCCCAUCGGGAUCCCGUUCCCCGACCACAGCAGCGACAUCCUGAGUGGGCUCAACGAGCAGCGGACGCAGGGCCUGCUGUGCGACGUGGUGAUCCUGGUGGAGGGCCGCGAAUUCCCCACGCACCGCUCAGUGCUGGCCGCCUGCAGCCAGUACUUCAAGAAGCUGUUCACGUCGGGCGCCGUGGUGGACCAGCAGAACGUGUACGAGAUCGACUUCGUCAGCGCCGAGGCGCUCACCGCGCUCAUGGACUUCGCCUACACGGCCACGCUCACCGUCAGCACGGCCAACGUGGGUGACAUCCUCAGCGCCGCCCGCCUGCUGGAGAUCCCCGCCGUGAGCCACGUGUGCGCCGACCUCCUGGACCGGCAGAUCCUGGCGGCCGACGCGGGCGCCGACGCCGGGCAGCUGGACCUUGUAGAUCAAAUUGAUCAGCGCAACCUCCUCCGUGCCAAGGAGUACCUCGAGUUCUUCCAGAGCAACCCCAUGAACAGCCUGCCCCCCGCCGCCGCCGCCGCCGCCGCCAGCUUCCCGUGGUCUGCCUUUGGGGCGUCUGACGAUGACCUGGAUGCCACCAAGGAGGCCGUGGCCGCUGCUGUGGCCGCGGUGGCCGCAGGCGACUGCAACGGGCUAGACUUCUAUGGGCCGGGCCCCCCUGCCGAGCGGCCCCCGACGGCGGACGGGGACGAGGCAGACAGCAACCCGGGUCUGUGGCCGGAGCGGGAUGAGGAUGCCCCCACCGGGGGUCUCUUUCCGCCACCCGCGGCCCCGCCCUCUGCCACGCAGAAUGGCCACUACGGCCGGGGCGGAGAGGAGGAGGCCGCCUCGCUGUCGGAGGCGGCCCCCGAGCCGGGCGACUCCCCGGGCUUCCUGUCGGGAGCGGCCGAGGGCGAGGACGGGGACGGGCCCGACGUAGACGGGCUGGCGGCCAGCACGCUGCUGCAGCAGAUGAUGUCGUCGGUGGGCCGGGCGGGGACCGCGGCGGGGGACAGCGACGAGGAGUCGCGGGCCGACGACAAGGGUGUCAUGGACUACUACCUGAAGUACUUCAGCGGCGCCCACGACGGCGACGUCUACCCAGCCUGGUCGCAGAAGGUGGAGAAGAAGAUCCGAGCCAAGGCCUUCCAGAAGUGCCCCAUCUGCGAGAAGGUCAUCCAGGGCGCCGGCAAGCUGCCGCGACACAUCCGCACCCACACGGGCGAGAAGCCCUACGAGUGCAACAUCUGCAAGGUCCGCUUCACCAGGCAGGACAAGCUGAAGGUGCAUAUGCGGAAGCACACGGGCGAGAAGCCCUACCUGUGCCAGCAGUGCGGCGCCGCCUUCGCGCACAACUACGACCUGAAGAACCACAUGCGCGUGCACACGGGCCUGCGCCCCUACCAGUGCGACAGCUGCUGCAAGACCUUCGUCCGCUCCGACCACCUGCACAGACACCUCAAGAAAGACGGCUGCAACGGCGUCCCCUCGCGCCGCGGCCGCAAGCCCCGCGUCCGGGGCGGGGGGCCCGACCCCAGCCCGGGGGCCACCGCCACCCCCGGCGCCCCCGCCCAGCCCGGCUCCCCCGACGCCCGGCGCAACGGCCAGGAGAAGCACUUUAAGGACGAGGACGAGGACGAGGACGUGGCCAGCCCCGACGGCUCGGGCCGGUUGAAUGUAGCGGGCGCCGGCGGAGGAGGUGACAGCGGCGGUGGGCCCGGGGCGGCCCCCGACGGUAACUUCACAGCCGGACUCGUCUAAAAACCAAAAAGAGAAAACCGAAACCCGAGAGAGAGAGAGACAGAGAGAGAGAGAAAAAAUCACCCACCACCCCCCCAAAAACACAAAAAAAGAAAAUCUAUCUAUAUACAGAUAUCUAUAUCUAUAUAUAUAUACAGAUAUAUAUAUAUGACGCGUCACAGAAUCUAGGGUAGCGCUUUCUCAGAUUUCCCUCUUUUCUGACGUUUUUCCUCCCUCGACAGGGGCCCCGGCCCUCCCUGGCUCCCCUUCCCCCCCCACCCCCACCCCAUCGCUGGGUUUCGGGGCUUGGUUUGGGGUUUUUUUUGUGGGACACAAGGAAUCCGAGACCCCACACAGCCCCCUGGGCACCCGGCAUGGGGCCCGGGCCGAUCUGAGGCCCUGGGUCGGGGUGAGGGUGGAUGGGGGGAGCUUGGGGGAGGAUGGGGUGGGCUUUUAAUUUCCUCCCCUCGCUGGUUUCUAUGAGUCUUUCAGACAAGACCUUAAAUGAUUUCUGUCUGCUCUGAGCAGACGUUAAAAUGGGCCCCCGCCCCCGCCCCGCACCCUCCUUCCUCAGGGCACUUACUAAGGGAGGGGUCUCCCUCUCCAUCUCCCCAAUGGCCUCCCCACCUCCAACCCUGCCUGCGGCCCCCCUCCCCCACCCCCUGCAUCUCCUGGCCACGAGACACAAACCUAUUUAUUUCCAGGCCUGGAGAAAGGAGAUCGGACUGGGGUUCCCAGGGGGGCACCAGGAUGGCUCCCGGGGGGGCCUCCCGCCGCCUCCCUUCACGGCACUUACAGCUGGCGGGACCCCCAGGGACCACCCCUCAGGGCGCCCCCCCACCCCCGUCCGGUCCACCUAGACCCCCAAGUUUGGAGAUUCAAAACUUCUGUCUUGGCCCUCUCCCCUGAGCCCCUCUCCCAGGUUUUUAAAGCACUUUUUAGAUUUUUUUUUUUUUCUUUCCUCCUU